AUGAGUGUAUAUAUAGAGGGUUAGAAAGAAGAAGAGAAUGAGAAUAAGAGAAAAUGGGAGAGGUGAAGUUACAUGGGUUUUGGUACAGUCCAUUCGCAUUGAGGGUGAAGUGGAGCUUAAAGCUGAAGGGUAUUGAGUAUGAGAACAUUGAGGAAGAUCGUUUCAACAAAAGUUCUCAACUUGUUCAGUACAAUCCUGUGUACAAGAGAAUCCCUAUUCUGGUUCAUGCUGGAAAACCCAUUUCUGAAUCCAUGCUCAUAAUCGAAUACAUCGAUCAAGUUUGGCCUCAAAAUCCUCUGUUACCUUCUCAUCCCUACCACAGAGCUCUCGCACGCUUUUGGGUCAAAUACUCUGAUGAUCUGACUGAGGGAGUUAGAGCACUCUAUCGCAGCAAAAAUAAUGAACAGAGGAAGAAAGCCAUAGAAGAUAUUUUGGAGCAUUUGAGAGUUGUGGAAGAUCAGUGCUUGGGUAAGGAAAAUAAAUUCUUUGGAGGAGAUUGUGUUAAUGUUGUGGACUUGGCUUUUGGGUCCAUAAUCAAAUAUCUUACUGUGUUGGAAGAUAUCCUUCAAGUGCAAAUUCUUGAAGCACAGAAAUUCCCUCGUUUGUAUUCAUGGUUUAAUAUCUUCAAAUCUGAACCAGCCAUUGCAGAAGUCCUACCUGACCAGGAUCAAAUGGUAGCUUUUGUUAAACCUCUCAGAGAACAAAUUCUUGCAUCUUCGUGAGAAAAGAAAAAUAGUGUAGCUUUUCUGAAGCAUGUGUAUCAUUUAGAGAGAUAUAUGUAUUACGACAGUAAUAAAAGUUUGAGCUUAGGUAUGUGUUAAUAUAAUUAUGAAAGUGAUAAAAGUUUGAGAGGGAUGAAUUUCAAUGUGCUUUCCUAGUUUUGACAAGGAUAAUAAUUACAUUUUUACUUUCA